AUGGAACACAUUGAAAAAAUAUAUAUUAAGAAUAAAUCGGAUCUAGGAAACGAAUUUUUUUAUUUUUACAACUGGAUUAAAGAGAAAUUUAGCAUAUCACUUAUAAUUAGUGAAAGUAGUAGUUUGCGUCAUAAUAUAGUUCUUGAACUAUCUGAAGGAAACAAAUUACCUUUAAGUGAAAUAAAUUCAUGUGAAGUUUUAUUCCGUCUAAUUUGCAAUGGGUAUAAUAAAAAUAAUAUUUGGGGUAGCGAAUUUGAAAAUGAAAAAGAUGAAGAAGAAAAUCCUUUUAAAAUUGUUCAAAUAGAAGAAUUAAAAAAUUUUUUAAAAAAUAUUUUAUUAGAAAAAAAAAAAUUAGGUGAUGAUUUUUUUGAAAAAAUCGAAAAAGAAAUGAUUAGCAAAAAUAAUAUUUUCUCUAAGGACAAAUUAAAAUAUAUAGACUUUUUAUUAUUUUAUAUUUUAAAACAAAAUAAAGUAGAAAAAAUAAAUCCUAAAUAUGAAAAUUUUAAUAAUUGGUUUUUAAAAAAUAAUAUUUCUAUAAAAGAAGAAUCUAUGAAUUCAUUUACUAAUACAAAUUUUAUUCAUCAAAUAAUUGAAGAAGAUUUAAAAAAAAAAAAACAUUCUUAUGUUAUAACUCGUUUCCCACCUGAACCCAAUGGUUAUUUACAUCUAGGUCAUGCAAAAAGUAUAUGUUUAAAUUUUGGAUUGUCUCAAAAAUAUGGAGGUAGAACACAUCUAAGAUUUGAUGAUACAAAUCCAGUUACUGAAGAUAUAAGAUAUAUAAAUUCGAUACAAGAAGAUGUUAAAUGGUUAGGUUUUGAUUGGAAUGAACAUUUAUAUUAUGCAUCUGAUUAUUUUGAUCAAUUAUAUGAAUGGGCUGUACAACUUAUAAAACAAGGAGAUGCAUAUGUAGAUGAUCAAACUAUUGAUGAGAUACGGAAGAAUAGAGGCAGUUUAAAAGUACCAGGUAUUAAUUCACCAUAUAGAAAUAGAACUAUUGAAGAAAAUUUAAAUCUUUUUGAAAAUAUGAAAUUAGGGAAAUAUAAAGAAGGAGAAAAAGUUUUAAGAGCAAAAAUAGAUAUGGCUUCUGGAAAUAUAAAUUUACGAGAUCCAAUAUUGUAUAGAAUCAUGAAUAAAAUACAUCCUAAAACAAAUAAUAAAUGGGUUAUAUAUCCUAUGUAUGAUUUUGCUCAUGGGCAAUCUGAUUCUAUAGAAAAAAUUACACAUUCUAUAUGUACAUUAGAAUUUGAAACACAUAGACCAUUAUAUGAGUGGUUCCAAGAUAAGUUAGGUAUUUUCAAAACAAGACAAAUUGAAUUUGCUAGAUUAAAUGUAACUUACAUGGUAAUGAGUAAAAGAAAAUUAUUAACAUUAGUUAAUGAGAAAUGGGUAAACGAUUGGGAUGAUCCACGUAUGCCUACAAUUUCUGGAAUGAGAAGAAGAGGAUAUAGUCCUGAUGCUAUUAAAGAUUUUUGUAAUAAAGUUGGUGUUGCAAAAAGAGAAAAUAUGAUAUCCUAUGAACUCUUAGAAUUAUGUGCUAGAGAAGAUAUGAAUAAAAAAGCUAUUCGAUUAUUUUGUAUUUUAAAACCUUUAAAAGUUGUAAUUACAAAUUUUGAUGAUAACUUAUAUAAUAAUACUGAUUAUUAUGAGUUAACUGCAUUAAAUCACCCCAAAAAUGAACAAAUGGGUACAAGGAAAAUAAAAUUUGAAAAAGAAAUAUAUAUUGAUCAAGAUGAUUUUCAAGAAAACCCUGCACCAAACUUUUAUAGAUUAGCUCCAAAUAGGACUGUAAGACUUAGAUAUGCAUUUUGUAUAGAAUGUAAUGAAGUUAUAAAAGAUGAAUCAACUGGCCAAAUAAUAGAACUUAGAUGUACAUAUGAUCCAGAUAGUAAAAGUGGCCAUCAACCUAAUCCAGCUACAUCUACCACGACUACUGGUGAAAAUGUAAAAAAAGUAAAAUCGACGAUACAUUGGGUUUCUGCAAAAAAUUCACAUCCAGCUGAAUUUAGAAUGUAUGACAAAUUAUUUUUAAAAGCAAAUCCUGAAUCUAAUGAUGAUAGUCAAGUUUUUGAAAAAAAUAUGAAAAACUUUACUGUCGAAUUAGGAGAGAAUACUAAUGGUAAUGAUGGAGUUGCAAUGUCAAAUGAUUUGGGAAACCCAUAUGAAGAUGAAUAUUAUUUAGAUACAGAAAACAAAAAUGAUGAUCAAGAAAAUUUAAAAACGGAGGAAGAUAAUAAAGUAGGAUGGAGAAAAUAUAUUAAUAAAAAUUCAUUAGUGAUCCAUCAUGGACUUGUUGAAAAUUAUUCAAAAGAUUGUAAUGUUGGUGACCCAAUACAAUUUGAAAGAGUCGGAUUUUUUGUUAAAGAUAAAGAUUCAACAGAUAAUGCACCUAUCUUUAAUCUAACUGUUGAGCUUGUUGAAAAUGCUUCCAUAAAAAAAAGCAAAAAAGAAGAUCUUAUACAAAAAGAAUUGGAUAAACAAAAACGAGAACAAAUUGCUAACAUGAGAAAAAUGAAAAAGGAACAAAAACGACUUAAGGAACAAGCAAAGUUAGAGGCUGCAGAAAAAGCAAACAAACGAGAAGACCCAUAA